AUUUUUUUUUUUGAUACAUGAAAGAAAAACCACGCGUGGUCAAAAGAGUUUCAAAUUCAGUUUCAAAUCUUGAAUUUAAAAAAACAAAACAAAACAAUAAUGGAUGUUCAACUUAUUGAUAACAACGAUAAUAAUAUUAUUCAAUCUGAACAUUAUGUAAUAAUGCGAAAAAGUUUCAAAUCCAAUACAUGUAAAUUAAUCAAACUAGGACGAGAAAAAUAUUUUUUCUUUUUUAAACAUAAAAUCCUAACCGAUUCAUUGGUCGGUCAAAAAUAUGGAUCAACAUUCGAAUUAACGUCGGAUAAAACACUUAAAUUGGUCAAUUUAAUUGAUUAUCUUGAUCCAAUGAAUCAAAAUUCAAAUUCAAAUGAUGAUAUUAAUAAUAUCAAUCAACCAAAAGAUAAUCGUUUUUUAGUUGAUAAUAAUUCAUCACAAAAAUUAACACGUGAUGAUAUUGAAAAGAUUAAAAAAGAAAAAAGUGGUCAACAAGUAAUUCAAACAUUGGUAAAAAAUAGUGCCACAUUCGAAGACAAGAAUGUCUUUUCGCAGGUUAAAUAUCUGCAAAAAAAGCAACAAAAAUAUGUUUGCCUUGUAACAGUUAUGAAACCAACAGCCAAACUUUUAAUGGAAAUGUAUUAUUCACAAAGUCCUAGCAAGAAUAACUAUCUUAGGAUCGAUAGUUUAGCUCAGAUGCUUACAUUGAGCAAUAUAAUGGCUGGUGGAAAAUAUUUGGUUGUCGAUUCAAACCUAGGUAUAUUGAGUGCAUCAAUAUUUGAAAAAACAUCCGGAAAUUGUACAAUCGUUCAGGUGGAUAUGGCCGAUAUUUGUAAUGCUGGUCAACGACAAGCUGUAAAUGCAUUAAAUUUUCCAUUGUCGGUUAUGGAAAAAUGUUUUUCCUGUAUUUCAUUCAAUCAAGUGGCCUGUUUGCUUAUGGAAAAAGCAACGAAUAAUAAUAAUUCUUCCGAAAAUUUAAGAAAAAAAUCCCGAACAAAUGUAAAACUACAGGAAGAAGAAGAAAAAGCUAAAACAAUUUUAAAUGAACAAAAUCUUGAUGCAUUAUUAUUAAUGUCAAAACAUCAUGAUCUUUGUUCAUUGACUGAAACCCUUUUAUGUUUUCUUUCUAUUUCACGUCCAUUUGUUGUAUUUUCACCAUUUAUUGAACCGCUCAAAGAAUGUUUUUUAAGGAUAAAAAAUCAAUGUGCAUUUUUACGUAUAUCCGAAACAUGGCUAAGAAAAUAUCAAGUUUUAAAUGAUCGUACAAGACCUGAAGCAGUUAUGAAUGCUUGUAGUGGUUUUAUUUUGACUGGUAUCAAAGUUGAACCAAUGACGAAUAAAUAAUGAUAAUUAUUUUUU